AUGCAGAAAAAGCUACUUGUGCUAUUAGCGUUGUUGACGUUGGUGUGUGCAGUCAAACGGCCUCACCGGUACUCUCAGCUAGACAUUGCGGCGUUAGCGUGUGACAAAUACAUCACCAACUCGGAUCCGGUGUGCUUGCCAGCUAAGCAAUGGGGCAGCCACAACUAUGCUUGCUACUGCGGGAAAACCGCUGCUGUUGCCUCGAUGAUGGAUUGUUUGGUCAUUGGGUAUGGCAACGAUACAAGGACCAUAAACGAGUAUGCGAAGGUGUGCAACACCACGUCAGAGGCCUUGUUUGUGAAAUAUUACGCGGCAUUGAUCUACACCGUACCACCAUCUUCGCAACCCCCACAACCUUUGCAAAGUCUGCAAAGCCUGCAAAGCCUGCAAAGUUUGCCGAAGAACCAAUCGGUGUCCAAGAGGUGGGACGAGAUAGCUGAGCUGGAUCUAUCCGCGACCCCGGUCUUUCUUGACUAUGCCAAUGGCACAUUCCAGGUGUACAAGGACUCCUAUGAGUUGUACUAUAAAAACACGGACCGCUCAAUCAAGUACGGCGGCAUCUUGUUGAGCUAUUGGGGUAUGAUCUUUGUGCUUGCCGUAAUCAGCAAUGCGCUAUCGAGAAUCAACACAAGCUGGUGCUGUCCCACGAGCCAAAACGUCUUUUGGAAACCCUUGUCGAGAGCGUACCUGAAGCACAUUGUGAUUUCACCCCCGUGCAAGAACCGCAAAACAUACAAUUUCCAAUUAUUUAGAAAUAACGGCAAAAAGAUCCCCGUGGGUCUCAUACCAACGAGGCUGGAACAAAUUGUCCUUUUGGGGUUCAUAGUUGUCCUCGUUGCCGCCUGUGCGGUAAACAUUCAUUCCAUCAACGAUAACCCUUUGAAUCCGUCACGACAGGUUGAAAUUAGCUCGCUACUUGCUUAUAGAACAGGCAUACUUGCAAGCUACUUGGUACCCUUGCUCAUCUUAUUCGCCGGCCGCAACAACUUUCUCCAAUGGGUCACGAGAUGGAGGUUUUCCACGUUUGUAAUGUACCAUAGGUGGAUCUCGAGGUUGGUGGUAGCACUAAUCUUUAUCCAUGCCAUUUCAUUCACGUUGCUUUUCAAAGGAACCGGCGAUUACUACUCGCAAUUGGCGCGAUCGAUUGUCGUUUGGGGAAUCGUGGGCUUGGUGUGCGGAGGCAUCAUCUUGGUCCAGGCUCUCCUUUACUUUAGAAGAAACUCGUACGAGGUGUUCUACAUCAUCCACUUGGUGUUGGUGACGGUGUUUAUCGUUGCUGCGUAUCGACACACGGUUCAAGUGGGGUUUGCCAUCUACUACUGGUCUGCUAUCGCGAUUUGGGUUUUUGAUCGUGUGCUCAGAUUGAUUAGGUUGGCGUUAUUUGGCAUCAAGACAGCACGCAUCGCGUUGGUAGCCGAUGAAACCAUUGUGCUCACAGUUUCCAAACCGAGGCACUGGCGAGUGGAACCAGGCAGCUAUGCCUAUAUACGUUUUUUGCUGAAGACAAACUUUUGGCAGUCGCAUCCAUUUGACUAUAUUUAUUUUCAAGAAUCAAACAACUUGGUUUUUUACCUCAAGGUGAAAAAUGGAAUAACGAGGAAAUUGUAUCAUGAUUUAUGCCAUACGCCCGAUUGCGCGGCCGACAUCAAGAUUAUGUGCGAGGGCAGCUAUGGACUUGCAAGUAAAGCAUACCAUUCACGCCACUUGAUUUACGUUGCAGCAAGCACGGGAAUACCGGGGAUAUACUCGGAGUGCAUCGACGUUGACAAGUGGGCACCGCAGAACAAGACCAUUAAGUUGAUUUGGAUUAUCAAGCACUGGAAAUCAAUCGCUUGGUUCUAUGAAGCCUUGUUGAAACUUCAAACUACACGCAUACAGGCAACGGUGUACGUUGCCAACCCGGAAGCUCUAAGCGGCACCGAGUCCUUUAGCGAGAGUAAGCUACCGUCGGAGAGCCAUUCGGAAAAGGAGAGUGCCAUAGGUCUAGGUUCUGGUUCAAAUUCAGGUUCAAACUCAGGCUCGAAUUCCGGUUCUGAGGAUAAGAAUCUGCAUGAAGAGAGAAUGUCUUGUCCCUCGUCGCCCAGCUUAACAGUUGACGAUCUAAAGACUGGCUUAUCCCACGUGGAGUUUGUGGAAGGGAAACCAGUCAUGGCGUCAUUGGCUAAAGACGAAACAAGGGCAACUGAUGCGUCGCUAGCUUAUAUUGCAUGUGGGAACUGUACCAUGAUUCACGAGUUGAGACUGGCAGUGGCCGACAAUCUAUAUUCGACUCCUCACAAGGUGAGCUUUUUUGAACAGGUUGAAGGCUGGUCGUAG